CAGCUGAACUUUCCGCACAUGUCACAUCAGAACAGAUCAGCACUGCUCAUCAGGGCACUGAUCAUUAGUGCCCUGAUGAUCAGUGCCCAGCAGUGCCGCCUACCAGUGCUACCCAUCAGUCAGUGCCACCCACCUGUGCCCAUCAGUGCCCAGCAGUGCCACCCAACAGUGCCACCCACCAUUGCCCAGAAGUACCCGCCAUCAGUGCUACCCAGCAGUGCCACCAGUCAGUGCCAAUUAGUGCUGCCCAUCAGUGCUGCCUUUCAGUGCCCAUCAGUGCCGAUUAUC